UUGCUUCCGGAAGUUGCUUUCUGAGGCGGCCUUCCUACUCGUGUGGUCUUUGUGACUUCCACCAUGGCGUACCGCGGCCAGGGCCAGAAGGUGCAGAAGGUGAUGGUGCAGCCCAUCAACCUUAUCUUCAGAUACUUGCAAAAUAGAUCUCGAAUUCAGGUGUGGCUGUAUGAACAAGUGAACAUGCGGAUAGAGGGUUGUAUUAUUGGCUUUGAUGAGUACAUGAACCUCGUAUUAGAUGAUGCAGAAGAGAUUCAUUCUAAAACAAAGUCAAGAAAACAACUGGGUCGGAUCAUGCUAAAAGGAGAUAAUAUUACUCUGCUCCAAAGUGUUUCCAACUAGCAAUGGUCAAGCAUGGGAGAAGUUGAGAUGGCAAUUCAGUGUUUUUAAAGUUGUAGCUAUAUUUACUCAUCUUGUUUUACUUGCACAUUAUCAUUGAGGGACAAUAAAUGGCUGCGAAUGUUUUUGUUACGAUUUUA